AUAAUCUCCCUCGUUUUAUUUUAGACCCGCCUUCACUGAAUGAUGACAGCAACAAAAACGUAUAUGAAUUUUAGGCCCGCGGUUUGCAAUAACAACCAGUUGUGUGAAGGCGGAGCGAAGCUCGUCGUUGAAGCUUUAACUUCAGUGGCUUUGUUCUUCCUUCUCUUUGUUUUUCUUGAAACGAAGUGGGUUUCUGUUCUUACCCAUUUUUUCUGCUUCUGGGUGUAACUUUGCAUUCAAGAAACUGUCUCUGCCUCUGUUUUCUGAGCUAGGUUUUGAUUCUGAUGGAUGUGAACGGCAAUAAUCCUUCGAAAGCUGUUCGAAGAAGUUCGUCUCUAAAGGAAAGUGAAAAUGAAGGCCAUGUUGUGGUUGAAAUUAGCAGCGUUUUGUCUUCCAAAGAAACCAAAGAUGAAAAUGGCUACUCUGUAACGAAGCAAAACAGAGUCGAUUCACAGACCAAAGAGCCGACCGAUUCGAGCAUUGGCCAUUCCAACGAUUCAUAUCUCCCUCCCAUUGCGAAUGAGCCCCUGAAAAUUCCCUAUUCAAAUGGAACCCUCACGCUCAGAAGAUCUCUCAAAAGAUCAUACCUAUCGAGACCCAAAUCCAGAUUUGGGGAACAGCCACGUUACACCGAUUCAGAUAUGUUUGAGGAGAAUGAUGUGUCGUUGAGAGAACAAAUCGGUGCAACUUCAUCGAGAAGCUCUGUUCUCAACCCCCCGAAUGCCCAAUCUGAGGAAGAAGAUGGUGAGGAUAUCGUCAAGACAGAGAAGUCGAACAAAAAGGACAAGAAAGUGAAGGUGAAGACAUUGAUUAAGUUGGUUGGAGCUUUUUGUUUAAUUGCUUGCUUGGUGGCUAGCUUGACUGUUAACCGUUUGAAGAAUUGCUUCUUUUGGGGUUUGAAGGUUUGGAAAUGGUGUUUACUUGCUACUGUGAUUUUUUGUGGAAAGAUAUUUACUACGUGGGUUAUGCAUGUGGUUGUCAAUUUGAUUGAGAGAAACUUUUUGCUUAAGAAAAACGUGCUUUAUUUUGUUCAUGGGUUGAGGAAGAGUGUCCGAGUGACCCUUUGGUUGACAUUGGUUCUUGUUACAUGGGCGUCGUUGUUUAAUUGGAAUAACCAUAGGAGUUCAAGAACCGUUGGGAAGAUCUUGGAUGCUAUUACAUGGACUCUUGUUGCCCUUCUUAUAGGGGCUGUUCUGUGGUUGGUAAAAACAUUGUUGUUGAAAAUACUGGCCUCCAAGUUCCAUAAGAACCGAUUUUUCGACAGAAUUCAGGAAUCCAUUUUCCAUCAUCAUGUUCUACAAACCCUCUUGAAGUGUCCAUUAAAGGAGGGGGCUGAAGGUACUGCCAAGUUCAGCUGUUGUCGAUUUAGUUUGAAGAGUAAAAAAUCAGACCAUAAGAAGGUGAUUGACACGGGAAAGAUUCACCAGCUGCAGCGAGAGAAAGUUUCAGCUUGGACGAUAAAGGUGUUGAUCGAGGCAGUUACAAGUUCGCAGAUGUCGAUCUCACAAAUACUGGAUGAAAGUAGCAAUGUUGCCGAUGGUGAGAUCACUGAUGAAAUGGAAAUUGCCAUAGCCGUUGCCUGCAAGAUCUUCAAAAAUAUUGCUCAUGGAAAAAAGUUCAUACAAGAAGAAGAUCUUCUGAAAUUCAUGGUCAAAGAAGAAAUCGAUCUUGUGUUACCACACUUUGAGGUAGAUGAGACAAGGAAGAUUGACAAGAAAGCUCUAAUAAAUUGGGUGGUGAAGGUUUAUCAAGAGAGGAAAACUCUAGCACAUGCCUUGAAUGACACUAAAACAGCUGUGGAGGAAUUGAAUAAUUUGGCAAUAGCACUUAUUAUAAUAGUAACAGCUGUCAUAUGGCUUCUGUUGAUGGAAAUUGCUACAUCCAAAGUACUUGUUUUCCUUCUAUCUCAACUUGCAGUGGCAGCUUUCAUGUUCGGAAACGCUUGCAAGACUGCAUUUGAAGCUCUAAUCUUUGUGUUCGUUAUGCAUCCAUUCGAUGUCGGGGACUUUUGUGUUGUUGAUGGCGUCCAGCUGUUGGUUGAAGAAAUGAACAUCUUGACAACGGUCUUCUUGAAACUCAACAACGAGAAGGUGUAUUAUCCCAACUCAGUUUUGGCAACAAAGCCCAUCACUAACUAUUAUAGAAGUCCGAACAUGUUUGACACCAUCGAAUUCUCGAUCAGUUUUGCAACGCCACUGGAGAGGAUUGGAGCCAUGAAAGAGAAAAUAAAGAGGUAUUUGGAGAAGAAUCCACAACACUGGCAUCCAAAUCAUAGUGUGGUAGUGAAAGAGAUUGAAAAUGUGAAUAAGAUAAAGAUCGCUCUUUUUGCGAAGCACACCAUGAAUUUUCAAGACUGGUCUGAGAAGAACCGACGAAGAACCGAGCUCGUGAUGGAGUUGAAGAGAAUUUUUGAAGAACUGAAGAUCAACUACAAUCUUCUGCCUCAAACAGUUCAUCUUUUUCCAGUUCAGGAGCAGUAAAGUCCAGAGAAGACCUUAAAGCUUCUGCUUCUGAUACUUUGACUAAGAAAUGGUUAGCUUGUGCUAGCUGCUUUGUUAACUUAGUUAGAGCCAGUAGUAGUAUUUACUAAAGAGAAUCAUAGGACUGUUAACUUACCUAGGCUAAGCUACUAACUGGAAAUAUACAACUUCUAAGACUGUUGUAGCCAUGUAAUAAUGUUAAUAAUGUUGCCAUGUUAGGGUUACACUCAUCUUACUAAUGUUUAGCCAUGUAAUUAAUUAAUAUAUAUGUUUAUUAAGUGGAGUCUACUAUUUCAUUUGUUUCAAUGAAAA